AUGGGCCCUUUUGAGGCAAACAUUGACACCGCUGUGCGGAAUCGCGACAUCCCAGGUGUCAUGCUCUAUGCCAAAGACUACUCUGACUCAGCUGACCAGAAAGGCAAUUUUCAAUAUUCGCACAUUCUUGGUGACAAUUUGACAAAUCAGAAGCCCCUUGCCGCCGACAACAUCCUCACACUUGCAUCCGUGACGAAGCUUUUCACAACCAUUGCCGCUCUGCAACUUGUGGAAAGUGGGAUCCUCUCUCUUGACGAUGAUGUAUCCGGAAAACUCCCAGCAUUGGCGGAGAAGCCUGUCUUGAUCGGCUUCACUGAGUCUGGGUCCCCAAUCGAAGUGCCACGCAAGAAUCCAAUCACCCUCCGCCAACUUCUCACACACAGUGCCGGGAACAGUUACGACUUCCUCAGCGACGCCAUUCGAGAAUGGCAAUCAUUCCACGGCAUAAAGCCUACCCACGGUUCCACCGUUGAAGAACGUUUUGGUUAUCCAUUAAUCUAUGAACCAGGAAAAGACUGGGCGUACAGCUCCAGCUUGGACUGGACAGGUAAACUCAUCGAGACUGUCACCGGGAAGUCUCUGGAACAAUACCUGCGCCAGAAAGUCUGGGAUCCGGUCGGUGCAUCUAGCUUUACCUUCGACGUCGAGGCCGUCAGGCCACAAUUAUGGGCAAUGAAUACCCGCGACGGCGACACGGGAGAGGUCAUUCUCUACCGCGGUAGAGACUUGAACCAGGGAGUCACAGAUUGUCUGGGAGGCCAGGGUUCGUAUGGUUCGGCGCCGGACGUCAUGCGGGUAUUGCACUCUCUCUUAGUCGACGACGGCAAGCUGCUGAGCCCGAGGAUGAGUGCGGAGAUGUUCAAGCCUCAGCUGUCUUUCGAGGCCAAGAAGAGCCUGUUGAAAGCCAUGGAGGAGCCUGAGUGGGCGGUUGGGCAUUUUCCAGUUACCCACGAAUACGACUGGGGCCUUGGGGGGCUGCUUGUCGACGGGCAUAGUCACUCGAACAGGCAGAACGGGACGUUGAUGUGGAGUGGUGCCUCUAACAUUUUUUGGUGGAUCGAUAGGCAAUCUGGGUUGUGUGGCUUAUUUGUAACGCAAAUGCUGCCGGCGGCGGAGGAUAGACUACGACCAUAUAUCAAAGCAUUCGAGGACGAGAUGUAUGCAAGAAUCAAGGAGCCCAAGGCACGUUCUGCACUUUGA